GCGGCGGCUCGUGCUUCUCCUCGAUCCGCGGGAAGGACCCGGGUCGCGCGCACCAAAUGUUCAGCAUUGACAAGUUGCGGGAAUGACUCGACGGGACGUGAUUCAGAAAAGAGGAGCGCGUGCACCCUUCACAUGUAGUGUUUUAUCGUCGCGCGCCGGCUCCCAGGACGGAAAAAUAAUCCUAGCAUGGCAUCGUCCGGUUUGGAUACAGAUGAGCGGAAGACGUCGACCCCAAAGCGCGAGGCUCUCCCGGGCGUUUUGGCAGUUGUCCGGUAGCGCGCGCGGUGGCAUGAAUGAAUGAGAGCUGCUGAACGUAAAACAUGUCGGUGCCACUGCUGAAGAUCGGCGUGGUGUUCAGCACGAUGGCCAUGAUCACCAACUGGAUGUCGCAGACGCUCCCAUCACUCGUGGGCCUCAACGGCACGGCGCUGAGCGCGGCGCGGAGCGCGUACCCGGACCGACGCGUAGGAGUUUUGCCUUCUAACCCGGAUGAGACAUGGCAGGUGUACAGCUCGGCUCAGGACACCGAGGGAAGAUGUGUGUGUACUAUUGUUGCUCCCCAGCAUACCAUGUGCUCCAGAGAUGCACGCACCAAGCAACUCCGACAGCUCCUGGAGAAGGUGCAGAACAUGACCAAGUCAAUCCAGGUGCUGGACCAGCGGACACAGAAGGAUUUACAGUACGUGGUCAGAAUGGAAGACCAGCUCAGAGGCUUGGAAACAAAAUUCCGACAAGUGGAGGAAACGCACAAACAAAACCUCGCCAAGCAAUACAAGGUCAUGAAAGACAAAAUGGCAGAACUGAGGCCACUGAUUCCCGUGUUGGAAGAGUACAAGGUGGACGCGCAACUUGUUCUGCAGUUCAAGCAGGAAGUGCAGAAUGUUACUGCCAGUCUGGUACUGCUUCAGCAGGAGGCAGGAGCUUACAACUAUGAUGAAUUGCACUUGCAUGUCACCAGCUUGGAGGAAAGACUACAUGCAUGUAUGCAGAAACUUGCAUGUGGAAAGCUGACGGGCAUCAGUGAUCCUGUCACUAUUAAAACAUCUGGAUCUCGCUUUGGAUCCUGGAUGACUGACCCACUGGCUGCAGAGGGAGAUAAUAGAGUGUGGUAUAUGGACGGGUACCACAACAAUCGCUUUGUGCGGGAGUAUCGUUCCAUGUCCGACUUUAUGAAAUCAGACAACUUCACAUCUCACCGCCUGCCACACCCAUGGUCUGGAACAGGCCAAGUGGUUUACAAUGGCUCCAUUUAUUUCAGCAAGUUCCAGAGCCAUGUUAUCAUCAAGUUUGACUUGAAGACCUCCACCAUCAGCAAGACUCAGAGGCUGGAGAGUGCUGGGUUCAACAAUGUGUACCACUAUGCAUGGGGUGGACACUCUGACAUUGACCUAAUGGUGGAUGAACAUGGGCUUUGGGCCGUCUAUGCCACAAAUCAAAAUGCAGGCAACAUUGUCAUCAGCAAACUCAACCCAGUCACCCUACAGGUCAUCAAGUCAUGGACAACCAAUUAUCCAAAGCGCAGCGCAGGUGAAUCCUUUAUGAUUUGUGGCACACUCUAUGUAACCAAUGGGUACUCUGGAGGGACAAAGGUUUACUAUGCUUACCACACCAACUCCUCCAACUAUGAGUACAUUGACGUCCCGUUGCAGAAUAAGUACUCUCACAUCUCCAUGUUGGAUUACAACCCACGGGAUCGUGCCCUCUAUGCCUGGAACAAUGGGCACCAGGUGCUCUACAAUGUUACGCUCUUCCACCUCAUUCAAUGAUACAUAUUUUAAGCAGUCACUAACCAAUUUAUCCUGGUUUACCACAAGCUGCAUUUAGACACUGGAUUGGAUGCCUGGAUGGGGCACCAUGCGCUCACAUUUGCACACCCAUUCACCACUGGGGCAAUUUAACAUAGCCAAUCCCCCCACCCAGCAUCUUUUUGAAAGGUGGGAGGAAACAGGAGAACCCCAUACGGAUAGUAACUCUCAGAACAUGUUGGAGAUUUGGUAAAUUGUGUGAUAUGUGACCACUCAUGGCAUACCAUAAUCUGUGCAACAGCAAAAAAUAAAGUCUGCUGAAAAUGAAUAAUAUCCUCAACAAAAAUGAGCUAAUUAGAUAUAGGCUAAUCAGGGCGUUGACUGUUGGUAAAAUUCUGCUUUUAUUAUCUCUUGAGAUUUUAAAGUGGUACUUGAAAGUUUGUUAACCUUUUAGAAUUUUCAAUAUAUCUGCAUAAAUAUGACCUAAAACGUCAUCAGAUCCUGAAAGUAGACAAUGAGAACCCGAUUAAACAAAUGAGACAAAAAUAUUAUACCUGGUCAUUUACCUAUUGAGGAAAAUGAUCCAAUAUCACAUAUCUGUGAGUGGGCGGACUAAGGUGUGAUCAAAACAAUAAUUAAUUUACUAAUUUAUUUGACAUUUAAUUUGCACGAAAACAGAAAAUUACACCUCAAUGCCAACUACAUGCAACAACAAACUAAAUAAACAAAACCUUACAACUCACCAUAAUGCUGAAUCAAUGGGAGCCCUGGGCUUGUUUCCCUGCAAUAAUAUAGUAAUAAUAUAUGCGAGGAGGUAUUGGGAGCAAUGAGUCGAAGUGUGUUGCAAAUGUCCAGUCUGUUCUGUACUUUGUUUUAGUCAGUGUCAGUGCAGAAAACCCAGCUUCACAAAGGUAUGUAGCUGGAAAGCGGAGUAAACAUUUAAAGAGCCUUCGCUGUUUUAGAUACAACCCAUCAUAGUUUCGGUUGAAGGCGGCUUUCUUUUUUCCCUUGUUCUCGUCAGUAGCAGACCCUGUGUUAUCGCCAUCGCUUGGUCUUUCUUUAGCUCGUCCACUAACGAAACUUCCGAGCGACAUUUGUUUCACGCUCAUAUUAAACUUGGCUGAGCCUGAGUGGAACCGGUGUUUUCUGAAAUCGUGCGUCUAUGUAAAUUUGCAUAUUACCUCUUAAAGAACACACAAUAAAUAAUACAGUGGCAUAUAUAGACAUUUUUCCCAGAACAUUCUCGCGACCCGGUAGCAACUCUUCCACGGCCCGGUACUGGGUCGCAACCCGGAGGUUCAGGACCUCUGGCAUUGCAUGAAAGAAUGGCACCAUUCCAAAAUGCGUUAACAUGCUGACUAACAUAUCAAGGCAGACAUCCACUUGGCAUUAAUAUUACUGCAUGCAUUGUAACAGAUGCCCAAUAAAGAGGAAUUCUGUGUGGAAUGUACAUGUUGGACCUUUAUGACUUGUGCUUGAGACUUGUAGUGAGAUGUGUUUUAUUUAGCAUGAACAGUUUUAACAACACAAGCAUUAAGGUAGGAAUCUUUAUAACUUUCUGAUCUACAUUA